AUGGCUUCGAUGCCUCAAGGAGACCAGAAAUCCAAGAGGAAGAAAAAGUCCAAGAAGAAGGGCAACGCGCAAGCCGCCGCCACGACAGACACAGACGCCCCCACGACGCCCGCCGACGAAUCCACCGAGACGCAAAAUGGACCAGAUGAGGAGGACGAGGCAGAAAAUGACGAGCAAGACACGGAGCAGACAACUGUCACCCCGGCGCAGGAGGAGCCACCGGACGAACAAGGUCAGGGCACGGUAACUGUUGCAAACGGGGUCAAAGAACUGUCGAUCGACGACGACGAGAGCAACGAUGCAGCGGCCCGCUUUGACGCUCUUGUGAAGGACCGUGACGCCCUACGUCUCGAAGUGACCGAGCUGCGCAAGUCUCUGGAAGAACUGCAGGCCAAGCAUGCCACGGACAUCGAAGCGAUGCAGACAGAGCUCGCAGAGACGCAGGCCGAGAAGGAAAACGCCGAAGAGCAAUAUCAGUCCUUGUUAGGCAAGGUGAAUACAAUACGAUCGCAGUUGGGAGAGAGAUUAAAAGCCGACGCAGAGGAUCUAGCACAAGCACGGACGCGCAUCGAGGAGCUUGAAGAACAAAGAUCGGAGCUGCAAGAGCGGUACACCGCGCGCUCCGCAGAAGUCGAAGAGCUCACGGCCCAAAACGCCGAGCUCUCGCAGAAACAGGCCGAACAGUCCAAAGAAUUAUCCACCCUCCGCAACCGCCUGACGCUCUCGCAACAGAACUGGCUGAAAGAGAAAGAAGAACUCGUUGAGAGUGAAGCCUACAUGCGCGACGAAUUCGAAAACGCCAAACAGGCCAUGCACGACUGGGAAGUUCUCGCCAUGGAAGAACGCACCAUGCGCAAGGACCUGGCAGAUCGCAACGCCGACUUGGAGGAGCAACUCACUUCGCUCAAGGAAGCGUACGAGAAGGCAGUAAGCGAGCGGGACACCCACUCAGCCGCGGUCGACGGCCUGCAAAAGGCCCUGCAGGAGAUCCAGACGGUGCGCAAGCAGGAGCUGAAAGAACUGGUCGAGACCUCUCAGAACGAACAAGAGGCACUGCGGAAACAGGUGUCAGAUCUCCAGGCGAUUUACGAUUCGACCGUUGCGGAAUUGGAACAGACCAAGAAAGAGCUCGAGCGCGCCCUUCCGUUCGAGAAGGAAGUCAAAGAGAAGAACCUCCUGAUCGGCAAGCUGAGGCACGAGGCGGUGAUUCUCAACGAUCAUCUCACCAAAGCGCUGAGAUUUCUCAAGAAGGGCAAGCCCGAGGAUAACGUCGACAGGCAAAUCGUGACGAACCACUUCCUGCACUUUUUGGCAUUGGACCGCUCGGACCCCAAGAAAUUCCAGAUCCUCCAGCUCAUCGCCGCGCUGUUGGGCUGGACCGACGAGCAGCGCGAACAGGCCGGUCUGGCCAGGCCCGGCGGCAACACCGCGACGACCACGGGUACCACCUCGAGCUUCAACUCCCUGCGCGGGUUGGGUUCUCUGGGUGUUGCUGCUGCGCCUGGAUCUCCCCUAAUGCACAGGACGCCGAGCACACCGGCCCUGCUCAAUCACCCGGACUAUUUUGGUGGGAGUGGGAGUGGCGGACCAGAAAGCGCGACGAGUCCGCACUCGAGAGAGACGUUGGCGGAGCUGUGGCAGCAUUUUCUGGAGCAGGAGGCUGCGGCGGGCAGUGGAGCGGUCAAGACUUCAAAGUCGAGGCAGGGGAGUCAGAGUCAGAGCCAUCCAAACACGACUACAGGUACGGGUCCAGGUCCAGGUCCAGGUGCAGGAUCAUCUGCGCCGCCGAGAUAA